UAAUUAACGGCUUCAUAAUUGUUCACUUCACCGAAACAAAGUGAUCAGUAUUCUUCAACACCUCUUCCAAAUAUGUCAGUCACCACCGCAACUAUGAACAAAGACGACGGCACUGCCGUCACCGCCGAUAGGGCAAGAAUUCUCUCCCCAGAUUUUGUCCACACCUUGAAACUCAAAUACCUAAAGUUAGGUUAUCCCUACUUAAUCUCAAAUCUCAUAACCCUAUCUUUAAUUCCAUUAGUCAUCAUCAUCUUACUCAAAAAAGAAAACCUCAAAAAAGAAAAUCUCACCCAACAAGGGUUUCUUCAGCACAAUCUCAUCCACAUCUUCACUUUCUUCGGUUUCACAGUCUUUGCUUUCAUUUUCCAUAUCCGCACGCGCCCACGCGCCGUCUACCUCAUCGACUUCUCUUGUUUCCGUCCCGCCGAUCACCUCAAAGCUCCGUUCCACAGCUUCAUCCAGCAUUCUCAUCUCACCGGCGACUUUGACGAUUCCUCUUUGGAGUUCCAGCGCAAGAUUCUUCUCCGAUCUGGUCUCGGCGAUGAAACAUACGUUCCCGAAGCCAUGCAUUGCAUUCCUCCCCGUCCUUCAAUCUAUGCGGCUAGAAAGGAAGCGGAAUCUGUCAUGUUUGGUGCGUUGGAUAAUCUUUUCAUCAACACAAACCUAAAUCCGAAAGAAAUUGGAAUUCUGGUUGUGAAUUGUAGUUUGUUUAACCCUAUACCUUCACUUUCUUCAAUGAUUGUGAAUAAAUAUAAACUGAGAAGUAACAUUAUGAGUUUCAAUUUAGCUGGAAUGGGUUGCAGUGCUGGUGUUAUAGCUACUGAUCUUGCAAGAGAUCUGUUGAUGGUUCAAAAGAAUGAUACUUAUGCUGUUGUUGUCAGCACUGAAAAUAUCACUCAGAAUUGGUACUUUGGGAAUAACAAAUCAAUGCUUAUACCUAAUUGUUUGUUUAGAGUUGGUUGUUCGGCUGUGUUGCUAUCGAAUAAAUCCUUUGAUAGAACGAGGGCUAAGUAUAAGCUUGUGCAUGUUGUGAGGACGAAUUGCGGUGCAGACGAUAAGGCCUUUCGAUGUGUUUAUCAGGAAGAAGAUGCUGUGGGGAAAACUGGUGUCUCAUUGUCGAAAGACUUGAUGGAAAUUGCUGGUUUGGCAUUGAAAAUAAAUAUUACUACACUUGGUCCUUUGGUGCUUCCGAUUAGUGAGCAACUUAUGAUUUUCGCUAAUUUGGUUUUGAAAAAGUUUUCUAAUAACCCUGUGAAGCCUUAUAUACCAGAUUUCAAACUCGCGUUUGACCAUUUCUGUAUACAUGCUGGUGGAAGGGCUGUGAUCGAUGAGUUGGAGAAGAAUCUUGAGUUGCUUCCCGUACACGUGGAGGCUUCUAGGAUGACGCUUCAUCGCUUUGGGAACACUUCCUCGAGCUCUAUUUGGUAUGAGUUGGCGUAUAUUGAAGCUAAAGGGAGGGUAAAGAAGGGAAACCGAGUCUGGCAAAUUGCAUUUGGAAGUGGUUUCAAGUGCAACAGUGCUGUUUGGGAGGCGAUCCGUGAUGUGAAGCCUUCUCCCAACGGACCAUGGGAAGAUUGCAUUGAUAAGUAUCCUGUGGAACUACUCCCAUAGUUGUGUUAUAGUCUUAAUGCUAUUUUCAUACUGUAUAUCUAGUAAAUAAACGUGUUUGGUGAGCGUGGCUUUUCAAUUUGUGUUUAGUGUCAAACUUAAGGUUUCGCGAGCAAGUAUGUUUGUAUCUUUCAAUAAAAAGCAAGUGUUUGUAUCUUUCAAUAAAAAGUGUAUACAAUACUUUAAGCA